AUUGGGGUCAUAUUCAUUUAUUAUUCAUCAUAUUUGAAUUGUACCCAAUAACACAGUUCGUUUUUAAUUAUCCGGUUGACCUUGGGGUUAACUUUAAUCCACGAGUUAACCCCGUUUUUCGGUCAACAGAAUAAAAAGAACUUACAGGAAAACAAGAUGGGGAGAUCAUUAGACAUUCUUCUUUUUAUAGUUUGUUUGGCAAUAAUCACUCCUACCUUGAAUGCCAAUAAAUUAGAGAGUAGUGAGUAUUGGAAAGAACAGCGGCCCGAGUUUGAUUCAUAUUGGCAGGAAAAGGCUGAAAUUGCAAAACAAGAUAAUCAUGCAGCUUAUUUUCCUGAUCCUUAUGCAGUCUCCGGCAAUUUUACUGCUUCUAUUUCCGAAAUCAUAACUUUAAAGAGCUCAAGAAGGAACUUGAAGGGAGGAAAAGGCGAAAAAUGUUUGGCCACAAACCCUGUUGAUAGAUGCUGGAGGUGUGACCCAAAUUGGGCUAAGAACCGUCAGAAGCUAGCAGACUGUGUCCAAGGAUUUGGCAGAAACACCCGCGGAGGUAAAGGCGGUCCAAUCUAUGUUGUCACUGAUCCUUCCGAUAACGAAUUGUUGGAUCCAAAACCCGGCACUCUCCGUCAUGCAGUCACACGUAACGGUCCCCUUUGGAUCAUAUUCGCUCGCAGCAUGUUGAUCACACUCCAACAAGAGCUUAUCAUGACAAGCAACAAGACAAUUGAUGGUAGAGGAGUUGAUGUUUACAUUGCCAAUGGAGCUGGAUUCACCAUUCAAUUUGUUAAGAAUAUUAUCAUCCACGGAAUCAAGAUUUACAACAUUCAAGUUCGUCAAGGUGGCAUGAUUAUAGAUUCUGAGAGUCAUUUUGGUUUAAGGACUAGGAGUGAUGGGGAUGGUAUUUCCAUCUUUGGUUCUAAUAAUAUUUGGAUCGAUCAUGUUUCGAUGAGAAAUUGCACCGAUGGUUUGAUUGAUGCUAUCAUGGGUUCCACUGCUAUUACCAUCUCUAACAGCCAUUUCACCGACCACAAUGAGGUGAUGCUUUUCGGUGCUAGUGACUCAUAUCCUGAAGACAAAAUAAUGCAAAUCACAUUGGCAUUCAACCACUUUGGAAAGAGAUUAGUCCAAAGAAUGCCAAGAGCAAGAUUUGGUUUCAUCCAUUGUGUUAACAAUGACUAUACUCAUUGGGAAAUGUAUGCCAUCGGUGGUAGCAUGAACCCUACCAUUAUUAGUGAAGGUAACAGAUUCAUUGGCCCUGAAAACAAAUUCAUAGGCAAGGACCAAAUCAAUGCUAAACAGAUAACAAAGAGGGAAUACGCAGACGCAAAACAUUGGUCAAGCUGGCAAUGGAGAUCCAUCAACGACGAGUUUUUGAAUGGAGCAUUCUUUGUAAACUCCGGACCGGAGCUAAAGAAUAGACCAUUUUCAAGGAAAGACAUGAUCAAAGCUAAACCAGGAAGUUAUGUUGGAAGGCUUACAAGGUAUUCUGGAAUCCUAGUAUGUCGUGUCGGUCAACCUUGUUAGUUUUAGUCAUUCUAUUAGUACUACUCAUUGCUACAAUUGUGGCAUGACAAAUUAGAAAAAGAAUGAAGAGCAAUAUGGAGUGGCCUAAGUUAGGGUUUGCCAAUAAUUUUUUUUUUCUUAGUUUACUUUUCCUUCAGUUUUUAUAUAGGAAAAGAUUACUCAAGAAACCUUUCAUUUCAAUAGCACAUAUAAGUACAUAAAGGAGUGUUCAAUUUUAC